CCCGCGCGGCAGGAGCGGAGGACGCUCAUUCUCGUCCGUGACGGCGGCCAGUGCUCGCCUCCUCCCCGCCUGACGCCUCUCCGAUCCGACCGCCAGGCUCCGCGCCCCGCUCGUCCGCCCUCCGCGGCGCGCUGCCUCCUCUUCCUCCUCCGCCGCUGUGACGGCUCCGCGCCGGGGCGGUCCGGCGGCUCCAUCCCCGCUCCCCCCGCGCCCGGACGCUCCCUGGAUGCUGGAUGAAUGAUCGCAGAGUUGGGAACAAGUGUGAGAAGAGACGCCGAGGCUCCCGGGAUCUGAGGCUCCUGCCCGGAGGAGGAGGACGAUGAUGGGGGGGACGUCCCUGUGUCUACCUGCUAUUGUUGUUUUACUCUUGCAGUGUUCCCCCUCCGCUCCUGUGACCGUGACAACCGACAAACCUAAGGUGGAGGUGGAGGAAUUCAAAGACGCAAAGCUAUCAUGCAUAUUCCAAACCGAGAGGGACCCAGACCCGCGGAUCGAGUGGAAGAAAAAGGGGAAGGACGUCUCCUUUGUAUACUUUGGAAACCAAUUCAGAGGUCCCUUUGAGGGCCGAGCAAACAUCACGGGCGCCACGGUAACGCUGCACCGAGUCACUCAGAAGGACGCUGGCGAGUACCGCUGCGAGAUCAGCGCGUCCCUCGACGACGUCAAGCUGGGCGAGACCAACAUCACCCUCAAAGUCUUGGUUCCUCCACAGAACCCGUCCUGUGAAAUCCCCAGCUCGGCGGUGACGGGCUCAGGGGUGAAGCUGCGCUGCUGGGACCACCAGAGCAUCCCGCCCGCCACAUACUACUGGUUCAAGGACGACCUGCUCAUCCGGCCGCCCAGCCACUCCAACGCCAGCUAUCUAAUCAACGCUCAGACGGGCGUACUGGAGUUCAAGUCCGUAUCCAGAGAGGACAGUGGCCUGUACAGCUGCCAGGCAUCCAACGGCGUGGGAUCGCCCAAGAUGUGUGAGGCCAAGCGCAUGACAAUAGAGGACGUGAACGUGGCGGGGGUGGUCACCGCUGUGGUGGUGGUCUGCCUCAUCAUCACGGUCUGUGGCUGCGGGGGCGUCGUCCUACGCCGCAACGGCUUCUUCUCUCAAGGACACAGAGGAAGGUCCUUUUGGAUCUCCCAGUGUCACGGUGCGGCCCACAUCAGCAGCCAAACCCUGCACCGAGCUGAGGACACGUCCAACGGAAACUACAUCCCGCCACCGCAGGAGCCGCAGGACUUCAAACACACGCAGUCGUUCAUGCUCUGAGAAGCCGGCCUUCGACGAGGUGCCAACACUGGAUUCAGAUCUUCCUCCGUUUUGGUUUCAUCCCCUCAACUCUUCAAGCAUCUCCUCCUUUUCUUCAUCCUCUUUAUGGUACUCUGCUUCCCCCUGGUGGUCAGAACAGGAACUUUUCCUUCUUUUAUUCCCCCUUCCUUGAUUUAUUUUACCAAAGAAUUUGUGUUUUUUUGCUUUUAAUAAUCAGAGGGGGAUCCUCCAAGAAGCCAUAGCUGUUUCCAGAUUAAAGCAGAUUAAACGCAGCUUACCUCAAGUCAGUAUUCGGUCUCUGAAAACACUCCAGAUCUUAGUAACAAGUCACUGCAGCUGAUUCUACCGAGACUCCCGUUCCAUCCUGAUGUGCCUGCAUGGUCUUUUCUACAAAUAUAAGAAUAUAUAUCUACUGUAUACCUUGUGCCUUUUUUAAUUUGUCUGCCAUAUUUAUCGAUGAUCACACUUUUUUGUAAAGACUUGCCUUACUUUUUUCUGUCUUUCUAUUCUCGUGCCACUGUUUCUGACAGAGUUUUAUUUGAAGGAUGUAUCGGUGAUAAUAAUAAUAAUGAUGAAUAAAUAAAACGGGCUUUUGUAUGG